AAGAAUAAUUUAGAACUAUAUGUUUUUGUUGAAUAAAAUUGUGUAUCCGUGUUCCCGAAAUCAACUGAUACCACGUUGAACCACAAAAUAUAACGGCUAAUCAUGUAAACUCAGAUCAAUUUAUACCGGUAACCUAACACAUAAACAAUAAAAGUGCAAAAAUGACUGAAACAUCGUGCUAUAUCCUCGACAAUGGUGCUUAUACGGCUAAAGUGGGCUUUUCUUCAAUGGAACCGAAGAUAGUUCCAAAUUGUAUUAUGAAAGCGAAGUCCGAAAGGCGUCGUCCCUUCAUUGGUUCGCAAAUCGACGAUUGCAGAGACGCCUCUGGCUUAUUUUACAUCCUCCCCUUCCAAAAAGGCUUUCUAAUAAACUGGGAUACGCAGAAAACGGUUUGGGAUUAUAUAUUUAGCAAAGAAUGCUGUCCAGUCAAUUUUAACGAGACGCCUUUGAUAGUCACCGAACCUUUAUUCAAUUUCUCGUCAAUACAAGAAGCAAUGACUGAAAUAUUCUUUGAAGAAUAUGAAUGCCAAUCUUUAUUGAGGAUAAACGCUACCGACCUUGCAGAAUAUGGUUACAGGCACAAAAAUAAGAACCAGUGCACGGUAGUUGUCGAUUCUGGCUACAGUUACACUUAUAUUGUUCCAUAUAUUAAUGGCAAGAAGUAUAAAGAAGGGAUAAGAAGAAUAGAUGUUGGAGGAAAAGUUCUAACAAAUCAUUUAAAAGAGAUCCUUUCAUACAGGCAGCUAAAUGUUAUGGAUGAGACAUAUGUCAUCAACCAAGUCAAAGAGGACUCUUGCUUCGUAUCACAGGACUUUAAUGCUGAUAUGGAGAUUGCUAAGAAGAAAGGUUCAUCGAACACAAUUGUAAAAGAUUACGUCCUGCCAGACUACACAACCAUCCGUCGUGGCUACCUUCGUGACAUUGUAAAACCAGAUGAAGAACUCGAACAACAAACUCUACGUCUUAACAACGAGCGGUUCACAAUCCCUGAACUACUUUUCCACCCUUCAGACGUUGGAAUCCCACAGAUGGGCAUACCAGAAGCGAUUAUGGACUCUAUAAGCGCUUGCCCUGAAGAGCACACAGAAAAUUUACUAGAAAACAUUAUCUUGUACGGGGGAAGCACACUUUUCCCCGGUUUUCGAGACCGUACAUACAAUGAAGUCCGAGCUUUAGCGUUAGAUCACUAUGAUGUCAAUGUGACCCUAGCAGAAAAUCCAGUGACUUACCCAUGGGAAGGAGGGAAAUGCCUUUUUAGAGAUCCGGACUUCUAUUCAUUCUGUGUUACAAAGGAGGAAUAUGAAGAGGAAGGAAAGUCUUUGGCUUUUGAGAGGUUCGACAUUUAACAAAGGAAACGAGUGAGGCGAUCUAUGGAAUAAGCCUUGCUCUUGAAUAAAUAAGUGUACCAGACAAUCACAAUAAUUGCUGGCAAGUUAACUUAAGUCUUUCCAGUUUGGUGUUGCAAAACACUGGUGUUGUUAAACAAGUGAUUUUACUAAUUAUCUGUGAACCGCUUGACAAUGUUGUCAUUUAAACCAGUUUCUACUAAUCUGUUGCAAUUUUGACAGGCAAAGUAAUGUAUUUAUUUUUAUUGAAUAU